AUGACUGUAUUUCUGAUUCUCUGGUCUCUCUGGCUCACUGUUGCUCUUUUCUUCCCCUUCGCUGCCAGUUCAGCCAGUGCAAUUGGUGGUUUCAGAUUGUCAAGGGUGAUUGGUGGAUUUCCAGGUCAAUCAUUAAGUGAUCCUUCUAUAAUUAGGCAUCACGGUGGUCCUGAUGUUGCUCCAAAUGGCGGGAUUGGUUAUGGUGGUCAGCUACCAGGAGAUGCAAUUUCCAGGUCAGGGUCAGAAACAGUUUCUCUACCUCUGGAUGCUUUAAGUACUUUAUAUGUUGAAGGUCUCCCUUCCAAUAGCAAAAGAAGAGAAAUGGCUCACAUUUUUUGCCCUUUUGUUGGAUAUAGAGAAGUGAGGCUUGUGAGAAAAAGAACCAAACAUUGUGGUGGAGAUCCUCUUAUUCUUUGUUUUUUGGAUUUUGCAAAUCCAGUUUAUGCAGCAACUGCAAUGAAUAAUUAUACAAAAGAAAGUUCUCUAUUUGUUCAUUUGAAUUUUGCUUGUGUAAUAGAUGUGCUUAAAGAAAAAUUUGAAGAGCAACGAACAUGGCAAGAUGAAGCAUUAACUCGAGUGAAAGCUCAAUUGGAAGCUCAACAAGCCAUUUGGCCUCUUCCGUCGCCGUCUCACCAACUAGCCCCUUUCGCCGGCGUCACUCUCUUCCUCACCAAACAUCAUCGUCGCCUCCUGGGUUCUUCACGCUGUCGCUUGGUCGCCAACCAGCCCCCAUUGUCGUCGUCGGGAUCCUCUUCACUGCCGCUGGUUCGCUAA